GGCAAAUCUGUCUGAUGCGAACUUUCUAAACUUCAAGGAGGACAAAUGGCUGAGAAACAGACCAAAAGAAAAAGGUGGAGAUUCUCACAAACUGCCUAUGCUCUGUGAAAGAUGAAGUGUAGACAACUCUUGGCUCUCUUUCUGGCUGUGGUGGGCCUGUGUGGUACUAUCCUGAUAUGUGCCUUGCCUAUGUGGAAAGUGACGGCCUUCGUGGGAGCAAACAUCGUGACAGCACAGGUUUUCUGGGAAGGCUUGUGGAUGAACUGUGUUCUGCAGAGCACUGGUCAGAUGCAGUGCAAAGCAUAUGACUCCAUCCUGGCUCUGACUAAAGAUCUGCAAGGGGCUCGAGCUUUGAUCUGUGCUUCUAUUGGUGUCAGCGUGGUUGCCACUGGAUUGACAGUUGUUGGGGCAGAGUGCACAAACUUCUACAGAGAGGAGCAGUUUAAAAAGGCCAAAAUUGGAAUAACAGCUGGGGCAUUCUACAUAGUUGCAGGUGUAAUGUGCCUCAUUGCUGUUAGCUGGUCGGCAUAUGUCAUCAUUGUGGGAUUUUUUAAUCCUCUAGCAAUAGAGGAGAGAAAAGGAGAGCUGGGAGCUUCAGUCUAUGUAGGAUGGGUUGCUGGUGUUCUGCUUGUUGUAGGUGGUGGCUUGCUCAUCAGCACAUACUCCAACCGAUGUUGACCACAUCUGUGGGUUAAACAUCAAGUGAUUCAAGAGUGAUAUACAUACAUUUUCUGAAGAUCCUUGUUGGAUUGUUUCCAAAAAAAUGGGAGGGUCUUCUUUUUGCAUGGAGAUGAAAGGCCUCCCUGCCUUAACUGCAUCUAUUCAGAACAGCCAAGAAUUUAAGGACUGUUUCAUGUAUGGACAAUAUAAAAGUAUAUUGUGAAUCAACCUUUGAUUAUUUCAGCCUCUGACAUAUGAUAUAUGGCAACAAAAUAAAACUGUAGCAGAAAUGCCACCAGUUUCAAAUGGCACAGCAUCAGCUACGUGGACUAAUAGUUAUUUAUCCAAUUACAUGGAUACUGAUACAGUUUUAUAUGUGAAAAUGUCACAUGUAAAAAUAUGUGAAGCGAACAGCACCAAUUACCAGCAUGAAUCAAAGCCCUGUUGGACAUUUGACAGUUUCCUGUUACAAAGAUCACCGCAGUAUGUUCCAUUUCUGUGCACAUUAGCAGAAAGAUUAUUACUGUUUGAAAUGAUCAAUAAAAAGUAAUUUAUGGUGUAUAUAAUAAAACUGAA